AUGUCGGAGCUCACGGGCAGUGACCCAGCCAUGGCCAGUACGCCAGAGUCUGCAGCCAACACAAACACCGAUAUACCCCAAACACAAGGAUCGGACUUCACGAACAUUCCAGAGGCAAUCCUUACCUCAGAGCCAGGCAUCAACAAGUCAGAACCGGACGAUGAUAUGAUACACCCUGAAGUCCUUGCGACUAUGCAGUCGGUCUUCAAAGAAGAGGUGGAGGCCCACAUGCCGGAAUUGUCAUCCGCCUGCCCGGAGUCAGUCACAGAUUUGACGCCAGAAGUCAUUGCAAAAUACCUGGCUCUUCACACGAGAGAUAUGGCACUUGUCUCCAUGGAAAAUCCCAGCCCAGCAUGCAGUCAGCCAACAACACUUAUACGAAGCUGUGCACAGGAGCCAGAAGAACUCCGAUUGUUCAAGGCUGAGGCACAUGAUUACACCUCUCCGAUUGAGCGGCAGCUGAGAGUCCACACUACCGAUUUAGGAGAAUUUACCGGGAAGAUGAUCUCCUUUGCAACAAACAUGUCACAACAAGCAGACCCUAGUCACCGUCCAUUGGUUAGGUUUGAGAAAAUCUACAGCUUGCAGCCUUAUCAAACUACUGAUCAUCUGGCGGGACCGGCGCACCCUCUGACUCACUGCCUGUUGUCUCUCGGGGCUACGCUCCCCUCGGAACUUUCGUGGCAAUCCGAUUGCAAAAGAUCAAGGGUCACGGUCAACAAACAAACCGGAACAUGGAUAUUCAUUGAAUACAGGGGAAUCCAUGGCGACUACUUCAUCUGGAUGGAUCGUGAAGUUGGAAAGGGUUGGAAGCUAGGUCCUCUGUACGUUGAGUUGAGAAUUUGA